AUGGCUUCCUUCUCGGGACACCUCCACCGCCCCCUCUCCGCCAUGGCCGUGGCCGCCUUUGCCGCCGUCUCCUCCCACGAGCUUCCCGACAAGUUGUCCCACCACAGGCUUUCUGAUGCGAGCACGAGCGCCGACGCGCUUAGGGUCGCUUCCGUCGACCAGGGCAGAUGGUCUAGCAGCAGCGGCGCCUUGGCCUCUGCCCUUUCUGGCACGCAGCUGCUGCCACGCGACCUCCACAGCUUGCGUCUUUUGGAGGCGCCCUUCGGCGUCUCUGCCGGUCAUGCAGACGGUUUAUCAGUAUGCAAACUUUUAUCAGGUCUGUGCCGACUUCCUGACAAGUCUCAGACGGUCGUGGUCCUUCUUGGGUGGCUGGGCUCAAGGCAGAAGCAUCUCAAGAGAUAUGCCGAUUGGUACACCUCCAGGGGCUUCCAUGUCGUCACCUUCACCCUCCCGAUGUCUGACAUUGUCAGUUAUAACCUUGGAGGGAAGGCUGAGAAGAAUGUUGAGAUGCUAUCUGAACAUCUUGCUGACUGGGUCAGGGAGGAGAGUGGGAAGAAGAUUAUUUUCCACACCUUCAGUAAUACUGGUUGGCUUUGCUAUGGCGUAAUUCUAGAGAACUUGCAUCAGCAGGAUCCUUCAGCAGUGGACAAAAUUAAAGCUUGUGUAGUAGACUCAGCACCUGUUGCUGCACCUGAUCCUCAGGUUUGGGCUUUGGGCUUCUCGGCUGCCCUCAUGAAAAAACGUAGUGUCACCACAAAGGGACUAGGAUCAGACGAUUCAAGGUCUGAUGUCCUAGUUGUGGAGUCUAACAAGGAGCCCAAGCUGGGAGCAACAGAGGCGGUUCUACUGUCAGCGCUGGAGAGUUUCUUUGAUGUUGUUUUGAACUAUCCAAAGAUCAACAGGAGGUUAUCUGACGUGAUGGAGCUUUUGUCUUCGAAGCAACCAAAGUGCCCCCAAUUGUACAUAUACAGCUCCGCCGACAGGGUGAUCCCAGCGAAAUCAGUGGAGGCAUUCAUCGAGGGUCAGCGGAAAGCCGGGCACGAGGUGAGGGCUUGCGACUUUGUGUCAUCGCCCCAUGUGGACCAUUACCGGAGCAAUCCUGGGCUGUAUACUUCUCAGCUGGGCAACUUCUUAGAGGAAUGUGUGCUUGCCAAGCGCUGGCGGGACCCAGCCCAGCCGCCUCCCCCUUCGUCUCCUCCUCUGACCCUUUCCUUCCCUUGGUUGAUGCCGCCACCGCGCGCCGCCGGCGGGUCAAUUCCUCCUGAUCCUGCCGCCGCCAGGCCAGAGGCAGCAGAGUCGGAGGGCAAGCUGCCGCAAGCUGUAGCAGACGCGAUGUGGCUCCAAACCCUCUCCGAGCCCGAGCUCGAUGUGUUGGUGAGCCUGAGGGAGCUGGCCGUCACGCGGGCCACCAACGCCGGCCAUCCUGCCCUCGCCGACACCGUCUUCCAUCUCCGCGCGCUGCGGGCUCUCGGGAUUGUUUUGGUGGAAGAGUUGAAAGAGCGGCUCAGGCUAAGCUCAGCUAAUGCAAACGUGCUGGACAGGCUUGCGUUGCUAAAUGAUCCUGAGGCUGAGGCAGUCAGGCCCAGCCAAGAUCACCAGAUGCCAGUGCCAAAUGGUAUCCACAAGAAACGAAAGCAAAGGCAGGUGCAGGAUGGGUAA